GGGUAACAGCCAUGGGCAACUGGCUAAGUCAAUGGCCGACAGACUCGGAAUAGAGCUGGCAAAGAUCAUGGUGCUGCAAUAUAGCAACAACGAGUCCAGCAUCUCAAUUGGCGAGUCGGUACGAGACGAAGACGUCUUCAUCCUGCAGUCAACAGAGCCGGGCAACAUCAACGACCACAUCAUGGAGCUUCUCAUCCUCAUCAACGCCUGCCGGACCGCCUCCGCUCGUCGCAUCACCGCUGUCCUGCCCAACUUCCCCUACGCCCGUCAGGACAAGAAGGAUAAGAGUAGGGCUCCUAUCACCGCCAAGCUCAUGGCCAACAUGCUCCAGACCGCGGGCUGCAACCACGUCAUCACGAUGGACCUACACGCAAGUCAAAUUCAAGGCUUCUUCAACGUGCCCGUGGACAAUCUGUAUGCGGAGCCGAGUACGCUGAGAUGGAUACGGGAGAACCUGACGGUGAAGGACUGUGUAAUCGUCAGUCCGGAUGCUGGAGGAGCCAAGAGAGCGACAUCAAUAGCGGACGGCCUUGAUCUAGGCUUCGCGCUCAUCCACAAGGAACGCGCACGGCCCAACGAGGUUUCACGCAUGGUGCUUGUCGGCGACGUCAGAGACCGCAUUGCGAUUAUCGUUGACGAUAUGGCUGACACUUGCGGCACGCUCGUCAAAGCCGCCGAGGUUGUUAUGGAGCACGGCGCACGGGAGUGCAUCGCCAUCGUCACGCAUGGCAUCCUUAGCGGCAAUGCAUGUCAGAAGCUCAACGAGAGUAAGCUGCGGAAGCUGGUAGUCACAAAUACGGUACCGCACGAGGAGAAGAAGAAGCUAUGCGACAAGAUCGAGACGAUCGAUAUCAGCCCCACCCUCGCAGAAGCAUGCCGGCGAACGCACAAUGGCGAAAGCGUCUCCUUCCUCUUCAAGCACGCGCCCUUGGAUUAGCAUUGCAAGCGGCUCGUAGCUCGGAAGGUAGAGGC